GUUUGUUUGAACACUUGUCAUUAUUUUCAAACAUUGUAAUUUGAAGACAAUUAGGUAAUUCUAGGAAUAUAGCUUGUAAUUUUUUAUAUGAAAUAUUGGAAAAAUGGACGUAGGAGAAAUGAAGACGUGCGGAAACUGCAAACGGGAUAUACCAGCAGUGAACUUCACAAUUCAUACUGUACACUGUGCAAGGAAUAUCGGCAUGUGCCCUGUCUGCAAGGAACCGUUUCCCCAUUCUGAGCUGCAAGAACAUCAUGAGAAGAUGCAUAAACUAUUGCCUUGUAAGCAGUGUGGAGAUAGUGUUUGUGGAACAGAUUUGGAGGAUCACAUCAGAGACUCCUGUGCGCACACAAUGCAGACAUGCAGAUACUGUAACUUGGAUGUCCGUCGCGGAGAGAUGCCCGCGCAUGAGCGUUACUGCGGCGCACGCACGGAACAAUGUGAGGAAUGUGGUGAAUGGGUUAUGUUGAAGUACCGCCGAUUGCACACUGAAUCCAACCAUGGGUUUAUACGAUUGGAUGAUGAUCCAGUACCAUUUAGACGAGACAAACCAAAGAAGGUUAUAAACGACUGGCCACAAACAAAUGGAAUAAAAAAACAAAACACCAACAAUGGGUUGAAUCGCAUGCCAGAACUACGUGAUAUACAACCAAGUACUUCAAAACCAAGUGUUGCUAAUGUGCCGGUCAAUGCUUUUAAGGAGAAUAUAGAACCGCGGCCGUCUAGUUCUACCAACGGAGCAGUCCCAAAACCAAAGAGAACUAAUGAUCAGCCACAGAUUAAUACAGCAAAUAUGGCUACAAAUAAAGUUAAGAAUAUGACUGCAUCUCGAGGUGCGAUAAAGAAGCGCCCUGCCCCAAAGCCUCCCGCAGUCGCCCCAAAUCCAGACCCAAAGCGUGACUUGGCCCUAACACGCGCUCUUCAAAGACAACAAGAAGAGGAAAGAGAACGCAGAGAAAGAAGCGAGCAGAAUCUUACCCGCGGAUUGCCUCCAAUACUAAAUCCGUUAGAAAAACUGGAGAAAUUGAGGAAAAUGGACGCUCUUCAGAACAGAGAAGUAGAAGACCAGAGCUAUAAAGACAAGUUGAAUGGACGCGUCUGGAUGAGCAAGGACGUUCCCAUAGGAAAUUUGCUUGGGGCGGGACCAAGUGAACCUCCUAACAACCUGGAAACAGAGAGACGUCGCAAUUUACCCUUAAAAGGAAAUUCAGAAAGACAGAAGAUAAAACUCAAAAACCUGAAGCCUAUGACCGAAGACGAGUUUAUAGAGAGAUUCAAUUACUUGCAUAUGAAAGAACCACCGAGGGAUAGAGAGGACCGGUUUAGUCAGAUCAAGUCAUCUCUUAGGGAACUUAGGCGGGGUUUGAAUGAGGUAACAGCGCCUUAUAAUGCAAAUCCUAAUGUGGAUUUGAAUCAGAACCGUAAUACGCCCUCACCAGAUGAUGAAGUAAAGUUGCCUUGCGAAUUUUGUGGAGCACCAGUGGCUGCUGAUAUUCUAGUGCAGCAUCAGACCGGGUGUCGUCCAGACCUGGCCCGUUUAGACGUUCGUAAAGCUAGAGGGUCCCCUCCGCCCCUUAGCCCCGUCUCCCCUCCAGAUUCACCCCCACAUGGAGCAGUGAUUCCUUGCGAGUUUUGCGCGAAAUCACUGCCUAUAUACCUCAUCAGUGAGCACCAAGAACGCUGCGGACGUGAAUCGAAUUUACUUUUUGCGGAUUAAAAUGCCAAUAUAGUUUACAAAUCAAAUUUUCCUAUUUUUCGUACUUCAGAUCAAUGGUCACAAUGUUAUUUUUUUCUGUAAAUCAUAUAUCUUGUAGAAAAAUAGUGUUUCACAUUUGAAACUUAUAUAACCAAAUGUGAGUAAAAUAUGUUUAUUAGUAAGAAUUAUUAUCUAUAGAUUAAGAUUGUUACUCAAAUUUAUAAUUGUUUAGUUAGCUUCAAGCACACAUUAUGAAUGAAAAUCACAAUUUAAAAGAUUGGCUGGUUACCAUAUUGUUAAAGAUUUUUCGUAGUAGGAUCUCUAUAGGCAUGUGCAAGACAUGCGAAACAGGGUAACGCCCAAUUGUGAACUUUAGCUCUCUUCAAAUAAGUACUAAACUUUAUUAAUAUAUGUAGUUCACAAAGAGUGCUGCAGUUCUGCCAUAUGUCAAAAGAAAGUGCCAUAAGUUUGACGAAUUAAACGAUUGCGCAAAUUUUAAAGCUCUCUUAGCAAAACUAAGUUUUUAAUUUGUCAAACUGAUGGUACAACCUGUUUGUAUUGGAUUGUUAACGUGUUAGUGAUAUUAUGACAUCACAUUAAAUAGACUAUAGUUUUAGCCAUAGAUAUUAAUAGGUAUACAUUUCUAUUAUUUUUUUAUAUACUAGGCAGGAUUUCAUACCCUCGACUUUUUAUAAAAUAUAUUAUGUAUUUAAUUGUUUUUUAGACUUUUUUCAACUUUUGAAAAACAAACUGAGCUUAUAAUACUACUAUCAUUGCCUUUUUGUCUUUCUUCUAUUAUAUAAGUAUGUUUCUUUUUGUGAUAUAUUUCUUAUUUAAUAAAUUUGUCGCUUACGAGGGUAAUUUUCCACCUAUUUUCAUGACUACGACUAAAUAAUACAGCUCAAUCAUUUGACAAUAAGCUGAAUAUUUUGCAAGACUGCCUUUGUUUCUAUAUGUGAUGUAACACGAUGAGUCCAAGAAUUAUGGAAAAUGUCAAAAUCCUUAGGUACAGGAUGCAAAGCAAUGCCUUCUAUGACCGCAAUAAAUAUAGUUUACCAAAAUGCAAUGAUCGCAGUACACACACUGAGGUCACAGGUUAGAUCACAGAGUGCACAGGAGAAACCCCUGGGGGUGAGAAGUGUGAAGCAAAAGAAGCAACGUUGCAAAGGAAGAUACAACAUUACAAAUCAUCGUGUUGACACGAAUUGGACAAUCGAAGGGAACGCCAAACGUUUCUCUCUUUUUAAAGUUUUAACCCCCGCCCCCUCUCUCUGAAGGUUUUUAGCACCCCUAACUGUGUUACAAUUGAAUUCAAAUCUUCGUGGACAAUAGGUGCUUUAUCAUCCAACCCAAAAACAUGAUUACAUUCAUUGCAGUAGUGAUCUUCGACAGUUUAUAUUAUUUAAGUGUUUAAUGUAAAAAAUGUAAUGUAUUGCAUGUCAUUUUAGUGUAGAUUGUUAAGUGCCAAACGUAAACCUUGUAUCUAACAAAAUAAUUAUACCUAAAUGUCUCAUUGUGGAAUAAAUGACCUCAUAGUGUUUAUAUAAUAAAGGACGCUAGGCUCAAGAUAUAAACCGAAAGACGUAAUGUGGGGCGCUCGUUUGGUGAGUGUCAACUGUCAACAACUUGUCUAUUGUCUAGUGACGCGACUCGAUCCGUUUGACAGAUAACAAUGACAGCACGCCAUUUUUCGUUUAUCAAGGGUCUACACAAUUCCUAAGAAGUUCUUCCUAAUGUCACAAUUCGAUAAUUUGAAGUAUAUCAUUAAAUUAAGUAUAUUUUUAUAAAAGUAUGUCAAUGUAUAUUGUGUUAUAAAAUUUUAUAUCAAAUGGGAUUCAGUUAAUAAUUUUAUGUAAUUUAAUUUUAUAUUUCGUUAUUUUUUGUAAUCCAUAUCUAUAUUCUUUAAUUAAGGUUGAAUGUUUUUGCCAAAUGAAAAUUAUGUAUAAAAAAAAUAAUUAUUUAAAAUGAAUGUCCAUUUUAUGUACUGAAUUAAAUAAAAGUGAACUUUA